AUGAGUCAUCCAGUGGAUAAAAGCAACAUCCAGGGCGGUAUCUGGCCGCGCAUGCCCAAGGAGUUUGAGUCCUACCUCUUUUACAAGAUCACGAAUGUGAACAGAUUCCGCAAUGACCUCAAAGAGUUUAUCGGGGAAAUCACCACUGGUAAGGAGUGUGAAGAGCGUUUGUCGAAGAUCGACGCGGCAGAGAAGUCUGGCAGGCCAACAAGAAUUCCCAUGUCGGGCAUUAAUGUGUCGUUCAGCCAGAAGGCAUUACAGAAGCUGAACCUGGCGCAAAUCAAUGACGGCCUCUUCGAAAAGGGCAUGUACAGCGACCUUAUCUUCGAGGGGGCCGAUAUCCCCGAGAGGUUGCUUCCAGAGUUCAAACCACCUCCUGGAAACCCCAAGGAUGAUGACAGUUGGCGCAUUGACUUGGUAUUUAUCGUCGCUGCUUCCGGCGAGGAAAGCCUUAAUGAGGGAAUCGCCAAGAUUGAGACCAACUUCCAUCUCAGGGACUUGAACAAGACUAGUCUGGAAUCCGUGGUUGUGAAGCAUGGACAGCGUCGGCCAGGAGAGUUUCGUGGCAGAGAACACUUUGGAUUUGAGGACCACAUUUCGCAGCCUCAAAUCAAGGGUCUGGACCCGGAGCCGAAGCCACGUGAGCCGCUUUCUUGUCUUCCAGGAUACAUCUUCGUGGGUCAUGAAGGAGAUCCACGAAAAGACACUACGCCCCCUUGGUCUGUUGAGGGCAGUUUCCUUGUGUUCCGUCAACUUGACGAGAAGGUUCCCGAAUUCAAUAAAUUUAUUGAGAAUGCAGCAAAGAAAAUUCCUAACUACUCAGGGGAGAAUGGUGCGGAGAAAUUGGCAGCGCACUUGAUGGGACGUUGGAAGAGCGGAGCCCCUGUGGCUUUAACUCCCGACAAGGACGACGCGAGCCUCGCCUUCAGGAACGACUUUGAUUUCCGGCCUAAACAAAGCAUUCUAGGGUGCCCGUUUGCCGCGCACGUCCGAAAGAUGCGCCCUAGAGCAGACCACAAGCGCGACCUUGGCAAGGACGACGACUUGGUCGCCGGCCAAUUUACUGAUCCAUUGGCACACGAUACCAGCAACCCUCCAGAUCUGGAAGUUGACAGCGACGAAGAACCUGACCAGGGUCCUGACAAGGAAGAUGCUAGCGUUAUCCUGCGGCGUGGUAUAACGUUCGGUCCUGAACUUGGACCUGACGAGACGGAAAAGACCACCAAGAGCCGUGGUAUCUACUUCACCUGUUACCAGAGUGAUAUCCGCGAUGGUUUCAAUUUUCUCAUGACUCGCUGGGCUAGCAACAGCGUUUUCCCGACAUCCAAGAAGAGAGCUCACAAGGAUGGUCCUGGAAUGGACCCGUUCAUCAACCAGAGACAGCGUAAGGAUCAUCCCGAAGGUCAUAUCAGUCUUUACGAUGGUGUGGAUCACGAGAAAACUUACAAGCUAGAGCUUGGUACUAGCCCUUGGGUGGAUCAGCGGGGUGGUGAAUAUUUCUUUACUCCGUCCAUUCGAGGCCUCCGCUGGUUUUGCAAUGCGCCGCAUUAG